GUACAGCGCGUCCAACAGACGUCACUCUAACGCGACUUCCUUACGAGAGAUCGAAAGUGUGGCGUUUGAACCUGUGGCUGAAAAACUAAUGUUUCAGCUUUAUUUGAACCUCAAAGUUAACCUCAUGUAGUCAGUUUUAAAACUCUAGUUUUGUAUUAACUGAAAAUAUCAUCAGACUCAGACUUUUAGAAAAAACUAAGAGUCAGAUCAGCAGAAACAAAAACACGGAAAUGUCUGCUGUAACUGCGUCGCUCUGCUCGACUUUGCUGAUUGUCGGUGUCUUCGUGUUUGUCUCUGCAGAUCAGAAAAUCAUCACAGCUGCAUCUGGACAGAACGUCACUCUGACAUGUCGAGCUCCAAACAGCAACAACAUCAUAGUUGUAGAGUGGAGCAGAGCUGACCUGGAGACAGAAUAUGUGCUUUUGUACAGAAAUAAGAAGUUGGAUCCAGAAAACCAGCAUCCAUCUUUUAAGAACCGGGUGGAUCUGCAGGACAGACAGAUGAAGGAUGGAGACGUGUCUUUGAUUCUGAACAAUGUGACGACUGCUGAUAAUGGAACAUAUGAGUGUCGCAUCUUUAUGAGAGAAAGACAACGCAGGAAGAGAGCUCAUCUGAAGACCGACCCCAUCAGCAGCAUCUACCUGAGUGUUGUUCCUCCAGGUCAGACAGGAGGAGGCACAGAGGAUGGAUCUGUUGGACUGAAAGUUGGUCUAAUUGUUCCUGCUGUGGUGGCUGUUGUUAUUGGUGUUGCUGCUCUUGUUGUUGCUGUUGUUGGUUUUGUGAUCUACAAAAACCGUAAAAAACAACAGAGUCAGGGUUCGUACAUAUGAACUGCAGCAUGUGUGAAAUGUCUCAGAGCUUUUUAAAUGACAGUGAAGGCAAAAUAUUAGGAAGAAAGUCCAAAAUCCAAAGAAAUAAACAACUCAAGAAGAAGACAUAGCUGAACUGUCAGCCUGAGACUAUCAACGAUUUUAAAAACUCCUAUAUUUUUAAAGAUCUCUGAGAUUACACUCCAAGUGAUGACACCUAGCAAGGAUAAACUCAUUUGUAUUCAGUAAGUUAAUAAGACAAGAUGCUGCCUAUUAGAAUGUGUUUAUUUGUUACAUGUUGUGGGCAUUUUUACAUUUUAAUGUGUUGUCACAUGUUUAAUUCUACCUACGAGCAUGUUUUGUAAAAUUGUAGAUAAUUAUUAUUUUUAGCAGUAGUAGCAGAACAGUACUGCACAACAUCCUAAACCCACUCUCGUGUCUUUAAGUGCAGUAGCAGUAGUACUCGCAACUGUUUAUUACAACAAGCAUAUAUGCAUUGUAGUACAAUAGAUAAGGUAAAACCAGAGUUUGUACAGUUCUAAUAAGCUGAUAGUCAAUAUUUAGCAUAACUGCCUUUAUUCUUCCGUACACACUGAACUCGCUUAGUCAGCUAAUUUCUUUAAGCAGUCUUCAGAAAUAGUUCUCCAGGAUAUCCAAAGCUCUUCUUUGGAUGUUUCUUCCUUUUGUUCCGUUCUCUGUCAAGAUGAUCCCACACUACAUCAAUAAUGUAGAGGUCUGGGUACUGGGGAGGCUGAUCCAUGACUCAUAGUUUUCCACUGUGUGUUUUUCUCUCCCGUUAUGCUUUUACUACAUGGUCAGUGAGUUUGGAAUCAUUGUCAUGCUGAAAAAAGAAACAGUUGCCAAUCUGAUUCUGUCUGGUACUGCAUAGUGGACCAAAAUCUGGUACUUUUCAUCGAUCAUAAUUCCAUCAUUUAUGAAAAGGCUGAAGUGCAGCCUGAACCAUGACAGAGCCUCCAUCAUGUCUUACAGAUAGAGGCUCAUACUCAGACUUUUCUGCCUGUUUCCUUUAAAUUUGUCUCUUAAAAGCCUUCAGUCUUCCCCUGAGACCAUUUCUGAUGAAGCUUCAGUAAACAGUAGAUGAAUCAACUGAAGGACCAGAUGUAUUUCUUACAUUCUGUGUCAGGUCUUUGUUAGAUUUCUUCCUGUUUCUUAAGGACAUGACUCUUCUUUUGUCCAGUUUCCUCCGUUUUAUAAGGACACACUCCACACCAGCUUAUAGCUUUUGGGAGUUGUCUUGUUAGUGCACAAACCCAAGUUUAUUCCUGUAAGAUUGGCAUAAAUAUGGCAUCAGUAGAUGGUGGUAUGAAACCAAAGAGAGAAAUAUUUUCCAAGUAGCUGCAGAAUUAGGCGUUUCCUCUCUGAUCUACUUUACUUUGCCUUCCAUGAAGGAGACACUUCAGCCUGUCACAGCAGUUUAAACAUGUCAUGCAUUGGGCACAUAUUGUUAUUUAUUUUACGUUUUAUGUUUUUUGUUUGUUUGUUUGUUUCCUGUUAAUAAAGCUUUGCAAACAUUAA